AUGGAUCAGAACUGGAAGCGAAGGAUCCGCGGCCCUAGAGAAACCAGGGCAGGAGGGGCGGGGCCGAGGGAAGCCCGGGCAGGAGGGGCGGGGCGGGCUUCUGCUCGGGGGCGUUUCGCUUCCGGCCGCAGGGGGCGCUGUGAGGGCGGAGGGGAUUCCGGGGGGCGAAGGGCAGCCCCUCCUUUUGGCCGGCGGGGCGCGUGUCCCAUACGCAGAGCGGGUCCCAGCGCGUGGGGCCGGCUGGGCGGACCGACCGCGGGGCCGCUCUCCGCCCGCCGGACAGCCGGCUCGGGCCGAGGAGACGAAGAGGCCAUGGCCCCGGGGGUGCCUGCUCCGGUGCCUGUGACAUUUGACGAUGUGACCAUGUAUUUCACAGAGCAAGAGUGGAGGACCUUGGAGGAAUGGCAGAAAGAGCUUUACAAGGAUGUAGUGAAGACCAAUUAUGAGACCUUGAUCUCGCUGGGCUAUGCCAUUCCCAAGCCAAACUUGAUAACUCUGAUGGAACAAGGGAAGGAGCCAUUCAUCAGAGACCAGGGACACUUGGACACAAGAGAACCAGCCACUGGUGAUGAGUAUCCUGACUUGAAAAGCACACAAGGGCAGGUGUUUUCUGGGAAUUCUAGAUCUUCAAGUUCAAGAGAACAAGAAAACUUUCAAAACCAGAACUCAUCUUGGCUCUUACCAUUCCGAUGUAGUGAGUGUAACAAGGGCUUCACCCACAAGUCUCAACUAGCCAAUCACAUCAGGGUACACAGAGAAAAGAAACCCUUCUUCUGCACUGAGUGCAACAAGAACUAUGGCCGGAAGGACCGACUGCUCAGGCACCAGCGCCUGCACACAGGGGAGAGGCCCUUCCAGUGCCCAGAGUGUGACAAGAGCUUCCACCAGAAGGGGCAUCUGCUCAGACACCUGCCCAUACACACGGGGGAGAGGCCCUUCCAGUGCCCUGAGUGUGACAAGAGCUUCCGAGUGAAAGCUGACAUGAAGGCCCAUCAGCGCCGGCACAGUGGGGAAAGGCCAUUCUCCUGCAGUGAAUGUGGUAAGGGCUUCACCAAACAUUGUCAUCUCACUGAGCACAUCAGGCUACACACAGGGGAGAGGCCUUUCCAGUGCCCAGAGUGUGACAAGACCUUUCGUCUGAAAGCAGACAUGAAGGGUCACCUUCGAAUCCACAGCAAGGCCAGGUCAUUCUGCUGCAGUGAAUGUGAUAAGUCAUUUCCCAAGCAGUCUAAGCUCACCGCCCACGUUAAGGUGCACACCAAGAAACAGCACUACAAGGGCCUGCUGUAUGGACUGAUGGACCUUGACUGGAGUUAAAGCAAAACCUCUAGCAUAUAAGGGGUGGCUAUCAAGUGUAUACUCCCAAGUCAGAGAGUUACAGUGGGAAGGGACUUCAGAUGUUAUCUAAUCCAAACUCUCUACAACAUCUUUGACCAGUGGUCUUUGGACCUCUGCUCGAACACCUCUCAUAACAGGAAACUUACUACCUCAUGAGGCAGGCCAUAUCCGUUCUGGGAUAGCUCUGAUUGUUGGGAAGUUCUUACUUAGAUUGCACUAGAAUCAAGCUCCCCAUAACCUCUACCCAUUUUCACAGUUCUUUCUGGAUCCAGGCAGAAGUUAAGUACCUUGUUCAUAGGCAACUCUUCGACUAUUCAGUGAAGUUGGCGAUCAAACUAUGAUGCUGUUUUUUGUUCAAAAACAAGGUAUAACUAAGAAUGAAACUGGUGUUCUCAUGUGCCUCAUAAGCUAGCUCUGAAGAGGUUAGCACCUCUUCAGAUGUCACAAUACCCAUCCAUUUGCAAAUCCCUUCUCAUUCAGUACUCCCUAAAAACCAAAGAAGUUCCCCUUGCAAGUGUGAGAGAGAACCUGAAUGUAGACUAGUUUGACAGGGACAGGAAUCUUCCUCCUGCCCACCUCAGACCUGAACAGAGAAGGCUGAUGCUUACUUGGGCACUUUAUAGCCCUUGUAGAAUGUACUCUUGAGUGAAUGCAAUUGCAUUUAAGGCAUUGGUUGCUGAAGUUGUUUUUUUGUUUUUUGCUGUAGUUUGUUAAUGACACAAUAAAUAA